UUAGUAAGAUUUCUUUUUGAACCCGGACUAGUCGUGUGGGAAAAAUGAUCACGAUCGCUAUUAUAGUGGUUUGUCUGAUUGCAUUGUACUUCUAUGGCACGCGAACCUUCAAAUAUUGGGAAACAAGGGGAGUGAAACAUGACAAACCCAUACCUUUACUCGGGAACAAUGCAAGAAAUUAUCUCAUUCAGAAGAGUAUGACAGAAAUGGCAGUGGAAAUGUACUGGAAGUACCCAAACGAAAAGGUAGUGGGUUUCUACAGAGCAACAAGCCCAGAGUUGGUAAUAAGAGACCCUGAAAUUGUUAAGCGUAUCCUGACUACUGAUUUCAUGUACUUUUAUCCGCGUGGUCUUAACCCUCACAAAACUGUGAUCGAACCACUAAUGCGUAAUUUGUUCUUUGCCGAUGGAGACCUAUGGCGAUUGUUAAGACAACGUAUGACACCAGUUUUCAGCACUGCUAAAUUGAGAGCUAUGUUUCCUCUUAUAAGUGCGCGAGCUGAACGUCUACGAGCAACCUUAACAGCCGCUGUCGACAGUGAAGUACAAUCCCUGGACGCACGCGAUAUUAUGGCACGGUAUACCACAGAUUUCAUUGGUUCUGUAGGGUUUGGGCUUGAUUCUGAUUCUCUUUCAGAUGAAAAGUCUGCAUUUAGAAAACUCGGUGUCGAUAUCUUUAACAUAACAUUGCCUGGCGUUAUAAUAAUUAUGUUAAAGGAUAUUUUCCCAGAAACAUUCAAACAUCUGCGUUACAUGUACAGAGUUGAGGAUCAAGUGAUCAGUCUAGUGAACGAAAUUCAAAAGCAGAGAAAUUAUGAGCCAUCAGGGAGAAAUGACUUCAUAGAUUUGCUUUUGGAGUUGAAAAAAAAGGGAACAAUGGUGGGCGAAUCAAUUGAAAGGAUAAAAUCAGAUGGUACCCCAGAAAUCACAUCAAUAGACAUGGAUGCAGAGUUGAUCGCUGCUCAAGUCUUCGUAUUUUUUGCCGCUGGAUUUGAGACCUCUUCAUCAGCUACAAGCUUCACUUUGCACCAACUUGCUUACCAUCCAGAAGUUCAAAAGAAAGUACAAGAUGAGGUCGAUAAAGUUCUUCUCAAACACAACAACCAACUUACCUACGAUGCUGUGAAGGAGAUGACCUAUUUAGAGUGGGCUUUCCAAGAAGGAAUGCGAAUGUUUCCUUCUCUCGGAUUCCUUGUGAGACAGUGCGCAAGAAAAUACACAUUUCCUGAAAUCAAUGUAUCUAUAGACCCCGGAGUAGCGGUGUUAAUUCCACUACAGGCCUUGCAUAUGGACCCGCAAUACUUUGACAGACCUGAAGAAUUCAGACCGGAGCGAUUCCAUCCUGAUGAAUUCGAUAGUAAGGAGAAGAAGUUUAUCUAUUUGCCGUUCGGUGAAGGACCUCGUGCUUGUAUUGGUGCUCGUCUUGGCUUAAUGCAGUCCAUAGCUGGUUUAGCUGCGAUAUUAUCAAGAUUCUCAGUGGAGCCUGGGCCUAAUACCUUGAGACAUCCCUUAGUUGAACCCAAGUCCUCAAUUGUGCAAAGUGUUAAAGGCGGAUUGCCUCUUAUAUUCAGGAAAAGGAAAUUGGAUAAUCCUUUAAAAUGAUAAGUCUUAUUAAAAAAGUUCAAGUAUAUUUUUUAAUAAAAACCUACAAGCGUAAGUUGUUAACCAUUUACAAAUUUAAAUACGGCGCAAUAAGUUUUGAGAGAUAUUAAGAAGGAAAAUGCACGAAUGAACAAUGUUCCUGUCGCGGUUAAAAUUAUUUUCCUUGUCUGUUUGUUUUCCUGGAUCAAUAGACAAGUUAAAGGAAAUAUAUAAAUCACAAUAUGUACAAAAACAAGCCUUUGGCUCUGAUAUAACAGUAAUUUUGUGGACUUUUACAUUUAAAAUGGUCACAUAUAACAUAAAUGUGUUCAAAAACUUUCGAGUAGUUUUCCGCCUUAGAAACAAAGACCAACGACGUAGAGUCACGGUUAAGACCUGAACAAACUAUAUUUAAUUUUUCACCCAGCCAAUUGUCACAACAAAAGGAAUUGGACUUUAACACUCAAGAUAAUAAACGCUUAUCAUUAAAUCCAAAGUAUACAUGAAAUCCCUGUAAAUAUUCUGUACCCACAGACUACCACAUACCAGCGACUCAUUUCCUUUAUCAACCUACUCAAGUUUUAGUUGGUGGAUUAUUUCCAUAAAAUCUAUUGAAUCUAUUUUAGCGCACAACUUUUGUACGUGUAAAGAUUGUUUAUUUCAUUUAUUUAUUCAGAAAGUAGGCUAACUUCUCUAAGAACUUAUGUCUAUGUUAGUAUACAUUUGAAUAAAUUAGUGUAUUCUACUACUAAAAAUGUACUUAUAAACGUUUUGAGUGACGUAUCUCUUUUAUCCCCCGAUUUUAGGGAUUCACCACGCUUGUUAACACAGAAUCCACUUAAGGGCGCCUUCAAAUUAGACGCUUAUAUAAGCACUACAGUGGCACCGCGCCGUUACUAAUUUUCGUACAAUAUUAAGAUGCGCCUUUGCGAUGCGAUCUUUGCAGUCACACUAAGUGAACUAAAAAUUACAAAAGCGCUACAAACGCGCGGGCGUCACAGUUGCGGCACUGCAGUGCUUCCACAUCUUCCACAUCUAAUUUGAAAACGCCCUAAGCCGGUCAGUAAAAUGUUAUAGUGUAUUACAAAUUAUUGCAUGAAAAUGGCUGAUCACAUUGAUUCAAAAUCAUUCUUGUAACUAAAAGAAAUAAACCUGUGUACCUAUCACAAAGAAAUAAAUGGAUUGAUUGAAAUGAAUGAUUGAAUGAUUUGAAAAGCUAUACUUCCUUGCAAUAAGAGCGAAAAGACGUUACGGUUUUCGCUUCCGCUAGUACCGCCAUUGCGACUCAACGUUUAUUGCCCUUAUCACAUGGACACAACUUCACACGCAACCCUUUCCUGACCGGGUUAAUCCGACUCCAUGUAGAUAGUCACCCUUACCCAUCGGCGUUUCACACUGUUUCUUAACAUAAUGAACAACAUAUAUACCAUUCCAGUCCCAAUACCAACAUAUAAAUUAUAAGUGGUAUUAAAUACAACACGUAGAAUCAUAAUAUUUUAUUUCCAUAUAUAAUAACG